AUGGACCAUGGCACCGCUAGCAUGAAUGCCUGCAAGGUGGACAUGCUAUGGAAUUGGAACGUUAAAGAUACCUGCUUUCUAGCGUCGGGAUGGCAUAUCACCAGUAACGGCAUGAUGGCUGCUUCCUGCAUCGGGGUGGCACUUCUCGUCGUCCUGCUCGAGGCCCUCCGGGUCAUGGGCAAGAAAUAUGACGGUAUGAUUCUCGCUCAGAUGAGGCAGCGCGGCAACGCUGUCCUGGUCGCGUCAGCACAGCUCUACGACGAAGAUAUCGCCAAUGGCAGAGGAGCUAGACAAUCUUUCCGACCUGCACCCAUCAUUCCCAGCUCGCGCAGUACGAUUGUUAUAAGGGGUUCGCCUGUGCAGCAAGCGAUUCGCGCCGUCAUCUACGCUGUUGUCUGUGGUGUAGCAUAUAUUAUCAUGUUGCUAGCUAUGAGCUUUAAUGGUGCGAUCAUCCUUUCGAUUGUCGCCGGAGCUGGGCUGGGCAAGUUCCUGACAGAUUGGCUGAGCCUGACGAUUGAGCUGCGAGGUGACGGGAAUAAGGAGCAAGUGGAAGGGAUCGAGGACCUAACAGUCUGCUGUCGCUAG